AUGUCACCAGAUUCUAGCAACAUCCGAGUCUUUGUUCGCUGGGAUGACGACUCAACCAUAUUCAGUGGUGAGGCAGUACAGUGCACCAUCUGCUUCAAGAAUAUCGCGUCAGCUGGCCCCAACACAAGCAGCUCGACUCAGUCACAAUUGAAGCCUCCUCCCAACCAGUAUCGCACGACCAGCUCCCACCCUUCGAGCCGCCUCGCCCCCCCUCCUUCCACGCCUACAUCCACUCCCGCCUCCCGCCGAGGUCAUCGCCCAACUUCUUCCCUGACCAUCUCGCCCUCAAACACCGCCAAAGGUCGCGCUGGGUCCAUCCCCUGGGUCCCUCCCUCGCACCCUCCAGACUUUUCACAGCGCAACGGGAACGCCCACAGGCGAUCUGUAUCCAUCGUGUCCAUCGGCUCGGUCAGCUCGGUUGACAGCCAUGCCACGCAUCCGCAGCGACCUUUCCACUCACCUUCCUCGCCAUUAUACAAUGCGUCUUACCCGCCGGACAAGGCGUCUCCCUUGCACCGGCCCCCGGGCGUCUCAACAGCCCCUACUACCCCGAACAUCGACGGUCCUUCCUCUCCGAGAACCCCGGCUGCUGCAUUAUCCGAGUUCAAGUUCCCAAUGGCUCCUUCCCCGCUCGCCGACGGGGCCGGUGCCUCGUCCAAAACCCUCGUCCAAGACGGUGCGAAACCGUCGUCCACCUCGCUUGGCGAGCCUGCCAUCAUACCAAUGCGAUCGAAAGAUCCCAUACCAAUCAUCAAUGAGCAGAUCACCACCCCUGUUGCCAGGGUUCUAUCCACCACCAGUGUGGCUGGAACCCCGAGGAGCAGCGGGGAAUUCUAUUCUAUGAGCAACAACUCUACCGAGACUCUCGUCUCUGAAUAUGCCAUGCAUCCGCCUAUGAGGACACAUGGUCGGCCGUCCCAUCUACGACAGAGGUCCACUUUUUCACCACAGAAGGCGAAGCGCCCUGAAGCGCUCAUGAUGGGGUUUGCACAAGUACAGGGUUCCUUCACGUUGGACGGCUCACUUGUGAGCCUUGCACCGUUUGAAGAAGUGAAACGGAAGGCUGUUGUCGGUGGCCAAGGCGGCGGCGUUGUCGGCAUAGAAACCUCCAAGAGGGAAAGCGGUUUUAUGCGAGGCUUCGGCUGGGGCAGCUUCACCAAUUCCAUCGGGGAGCUACUGGGAGCUGGGGAGCUGAGUACUAUCAAGGAGAUGCGAGGAGUCGCAAGUUCCAAGUCGGUGCCUUUGCUGUCCACACCGCAAUCUGUCCUCUUUGUGGAUCUCACCCUGGCACCAGGGGAAAGCAAGGCCUUCGAAUACACCUUUAGGCUGCCCAAGGGUCUACCGCCCACACACCGGGGGAAGGCCAUGAAGAUAUCCUACAGCCUGAUUGUUGGAACGCAACGUCCUGGAGGCGCAAAGGAGCAGCAGGUCAAAUCGGUUGAGAUCCCAUUCAGGGUGCUUGGCAGCGUCAACAGCCAUGGCGAGAUACUCGGCCACGACUUGAAGUCUCCGUACAUCAUGCUGCGAGAUCAAGCAAGCAUACGAAGCAUAGAAAAGAGAGGCAGCCUGUACGCGAACAGAAGGUCAAGUGAUGCCAAGGCGGCGGACAAGAACGGCAAGGGCACAGAGACUAGGUCGUCGAUGAACGAUUUCCUCUCAUACGCAGACGAACUAGUUCACAGCUCCCGUCUAGGACCAGGAGCAGGACUACUAUCGCCGACUGCUACAACAAGCUCCAGAAGACUAUCAGCUUUCGAAGAGGCAACCACAGCCAAGGAGGCCAUUGACUUGGCAAUCAUAAGAAGCAAUCUCACGACGGAGGGCCAACAAAGCGCGAACCGCUUUGAGAUCGCCCGGAACGGCCGGCGCGUUGGCGUGGUGAUGUUAGCACGGCCGGCAUACCGCCUCGGUGAAGUUGUGACCAUGGCUGUCGACUUUACUGGAGCAGAGAUACCAUGCUACGCAGUGCACGCGGCUCUCGAAACUUCCGAGAGGGUUGAUCCCAGCCUGGCUAUGCGAUCUGAAGCAAGUAUCCAUCGCGCAUCGCGCAAGGUGCACGUCUCCUCCUCCGAAGCUACUCUUUUCUCACGGCGCAUGAUAUUUAGCCCUACCAUUCCUGUCACGGCGACCCCAGAAUUUGUCACAAGCGGCAUCAGCUUAGAAUGGAAGAUCAGGCUGGAAUUCGUGGUACCCUCUCAGGAUGCCGAGGCACGCACUAUAGAAGAGCAGCCAGAGGAUGACGAAUACAACGAUGAUGGCUCGGGCCAGGAGAGGCUCCUUAUCCCAGAACCCAAGCAACAAACAGCUUCACAUCCUCUUUUGGAGGAGAUAGCUCGUGAUGACCGAGGCGGUCUUGUCCUUGUGGCAGCAGAAAAUCUCGUGUGUGAGAGCUUCGAGGUUGCUGUGCCGUUGAGGGUGUAUGGUGCCGUGUGCAAGGGCCUGGAAAGACUAGAGAGGGAUGAAGCACUCGAAGAGGGGCUUGUAGUAUAGUGAAGUGGCAAACCGAUCACUUAGGCCGUCAUCAGCUGUAACCUUGACAGCACCUUGGAGAUAGACGCAUGUGCCAGAUGUACAAAUUCUCGAAGCGUUUUCGCCUCUCGAGCCAAUGACUUGGCUUUCUCCUAUUACUAGUAGUAAAAGAGUCGAGCAAGUCAUAAAAUACACGAGGCUGUGUUCCUCUGCAGUCUCUGCCGCAAUUGC